GGUCUCAACAUCGAGUACCCGAUGCUCUUCCAGAUCAAGCACCCCAGCACGGAGCGGGCCACGCAUUGCGGCGUGCUCGAGUUCGUUGCCGACGAAGGGUUCAUCCACAUGCCGAGCUGGGUAACUACCAAUCGUCCUUCGAACACAGUCCAUGGCUCGUGUGAUUGCUAAUUCAGUCGCCAUGAACGAAGAAGAAAGAACCUGACGCUUCUGGGUUCUAUUUUGUUUUCAGUUGAUGGCGCACCUGGGUGUUCCGGAGAACGAGAUCGUGCUGGUGCGGAGCACGUCGCUGCCCAAGGCCACCUUCAUGAAGCUGCAGCCACACACCAAGGACUUCCUCCAUGUCCCCAACCCGAAGGAACUGCUGGAGCACAACUUCGGCAAGUUCCCGUGCGUGACCGCCGGCGAGACGAUCGCGGUGACGGAGGGCGAGCGACGGUACUACCUGGACGUGCUGGAGGCGUGUCCGGCCGGCGCGGUCUGCUCCAUCGACACGGACUGCGCGGUGGACUUCGCGCCGCCGCUCGACUACGUGGAGGCCCCGCCCUUCGUUGCCAGCCAAGGCAGCGACGAACCGCCGCAGCCGGCCCGGUUCUCCGGCACUGGGAGGCGGAUGGAUGGCAAGCCAGUGGAGAUGCCCACGCCGUCUCCGGCGGCAGAGAGUGUCGUGGCUCCGGGUGUACCCAAGAGAAUGGUUCGAUUUGGCGCCCCCUCGGCCUCGGCGGCAGCCAGUGGCGUAAGCAAGGCGAAGGAGGGCGGCGGCAAGGAACAGGAGAAGCGGUUUACGGGGACUCGAUAUUCUUUGAAGGACUGAGCGAAAAAAAAAAGUUUUGUGCUUUGUGGUUUUUUACUGCAAAUUUCUCGUAUUUGGGGAGAGAAUUUCCUUAUUUAAAACAACCGACACUAACUCUGAAUUUUAACGUUUUAACGUUAAGACUAUCUCCAACAACAUCUUUUAAAUCUAUCCUUUAUAUAGGUCAUUUAUAGUAUUAUUCAAAAUAUAAUCUUUUAUA